AGGCGGUACCAACCCCUGCCGCAGGACUUUCUUGGGCGGGCUUGCGUAGAGCGUAGCUUUACCUUGACGGCGGAAGGGCGUUGAAUGACGGUCGGGCCCCGCCAUCUGCUUAAAGGGACUCGUUCGACACGGAAGUGUCCCGGGGCUGCAUUGUGCUGCAGCUAGAAUGAAGCACAUCAACCUGUCAUUUGCAGCGUGUGGAUUUCUGGGCAUUUACCACUUGGGGGCAGCAUCUGCACUUUGCAGACAUGGCAAAAAACUUCUGAAGGAUGUCAAAGCUUUCGCUGGGGCGUCUGCGGGAUCCUUGGUUGCUUCUGUUCUGCUAACAGCACCAGAAAAAAUAGAGGAAUGUAACCAAUUUACCUACAAGUUUGCCGAAGAAAUCAGAAGACAGUCUUUUGGGGCAGUAACACCUGGUUAUGACAUCAUGGCCCAACUAAGAAGUGGAAUGGAGUCGAUUCUUCCUCCCAACGCUCACGAGCUGGCCCAGAACCGACUGCACGUAUCCAUCACCAACACCAGAACCAGAGAAAAUCACUUAGUCUCCACUUUUUCCUCCAGGGAGGACCUCAUUAAGGUCCUCCUAGCCAGCAGUUUUGUGCCCAUUUAUGCAGGACUGAAGCCAGUGGAAUACAAAGGGCAGAAGUGGGUGGACGGAGGCCUCACCAACGCUCUUCCCAUCCUGCCCGUCGGCCGGACUGUGACCAUCUCCCCCUUCAGUGGACGACUGGACAUCUCCCCGCAGGACAAAGGGCAGCUGGAUCUGUAUGUUAAUAUCGCCAAGCAGGAUAUCAUGUGAGAUGUGCCGGUGUCUGUUGCUAGCCAAGACAGGGACUUCACUAUGACCCCCUCACCCACCACUCACCUGGACACCCACCACUCACAAGAGGACCCCGUGGAGGAAAGGCUCAGGAUGACACGCGUUCAAAUCCUGAAGUUACUCCAGGAAGAAGGUAAAAUGGUCGAAGGAGUGAUCACUGGGCUUAUCGACACUGCGGACACAUCACCCCCAAAACUUGGUUCCUGGCAAGGUCAUGGAACUAGGCAAUUUAGCUCUACUGAUCAACCUCAGUCAGAACUAUUUCUUGACAAUUUCAAAUCCAAGGGGGUUACUCGUGCCAGUCACUCCCAGUGAGGGAAAAGAUCUGUUCUACUUUGCCAUUUCUGGUGGCUCCUUCUACUGGCUGAACAGAAUCCUGGUAAUGGAUGAUCUUAUUGUACUUGUCAAGGGAAGAUGGAUUCGCUGCCAUGUGAUGGGGAUAGGGAAGAAUGUGCGUGAAAUUGGGGUAACCCCUGUGGUUAUCCAGCCUACAACCAGCACUAGUGAAAUCGUUAGUGGGAAACCACUACAACCUUAUAUGGCAGAGGCAAGGGCACAUGUCCCUGAGGACCUAAGGUUUGGGUCAUGCCACUGGAAAAUGGAUUCUGAUCACCUGACCCGUGCCUGAAAAGGAAGCCACUAUGGAACAGAGAAUGAUUGAGGAAAGUCAAUGUCACCUUAGAAACAGUGGCAACCACAGUGACCUAGGAUGGCCAACUUGAUGCCAAAUAGCUGAGUUUUAGAAGCCCGUUCUCCUACCAGCUGCCAAUAAUAGGAACUGUUGAUAUCAUAUCCUCCCAGUACCUGCUCUGUGUGACUUCACACAGCCAGGGUCUAUUACUUGCUGCUAAAGGACCCCACUUAGAGUCGAUAUACACUUGACCCUUGAACAAAACGAGUUUGAACUAUGAGGGUCCUUGUGGAUUUUUUCAGUAAAAAUUACACCAAGUGUGCCUGCCUCCCCUUCCACUUCCUCUACAUCUUCUGCCUCUGCCACCCCUGAGACAAGACCAACCCCUCCUCUUCCUCCACCUCCUCAGCCCAGUCGAUGUGAAGAUGAGGCCAAAACCCUUAUGAUGAUCCACUUUCACUAAGUAAACAGUGCAUAUAUUUUAUCUUCCUUGUGAUUUUCUUAAUAUUUUCUUUUCUCUAGCUUACUUGAUUGUGAGAAUACAGUGUAUCAUUCAUAUAACAUACAAGGCAUGUCUUAAUUGACUGUUUAUGUUAUUAGUAAAGCUUCCAGUCAAUAAUAGGCUCUUAGUAGUUACAUUUUGGGAGAGUCAAAAGUUAUAUGUGAAGUUUUGACCACAGGAGUGGUGGAUGGGGAAGUCAGCACCCCAACCCCCAUAUUGUUCAAAGAUGAACUGUACAUAAAUAACUGCCCAACAACUGGUGAAAAAGCAGAUGAGGACUUAACAAUUAUUUCUUUAUUACUUUCUUAUGUUAAAAAAACCCUGUGUAGGACAGUACAGUUGUGCUUGUUUUAGGGUACCUAGGUCUUUCCUCCUAAAGUAAGCAUUAAAAGGAAACAUAAAGGGGCUUUGAUUAGGUUGUCAUUUACAGAUACGCAGCUUUGACAUGUGUCUUUAAAACAGGAGAGGUUGUCAUCUGUCUCCCAACUAGGAACCUGGUGCUUAACUAGAACUUAUGUGUGGGGUAAAAGAGUAGGAGUGUUCGCCUUCAAAUACAUCCUUAACGCUCAGAAACUGAGAGGAGGAGCUGAAGGAGAUCAAAUGGCUUAUCACAUUAUCUUUCCUUACAUUUCACCAUGAAGUUGUUUUUAGCUGACAGUCUUUGUAAAAUCCUCCUCACACACUAAGAACUAAAUACAUUUUGGUUGCACGUUAUAGCCACCUAUGUAUUCUAAUGUUUGGUACAACAUUUCCUUCAAUGACUUUCAAUCUUUCUUGAAUAUGACCUGUUUUAUUUUUAGUAGAGGCAGGGUUUCACCAUGUUGGCCGGGCUGGUCUCAAACUCCUAACCUCAAGUGAUCUGCCCACCUUGGCCUCCCAAAGUGCUGGGAUUACAGGCGUGAGCCACCGCGCCUGGCCUGACCUGUUUUAUAAGGUAAUCCAAUAAAUACAUGCACAUAUUUUACACAUAUAUUUCCAUAUGCGUAUAGGUAUACAUAUGCAAAUAUAAAUAUGUAAAUACAUACUCAUAAAUAAAAAUAAUUUUUAUGAAACACUUUUAUUAUGUGUAAUGUUUUUUGAGGUUUUAAUUCCAUUUUUAUUUGUAAAAAUUGUAAUGCUACACUUAAAUAAUUUCACAAUCACUAAUGGAUAACAGUCUGCAGUUUGAAAACAUUCUAAUGCAAACUUAGAACAACACAGACACUGAAAUUCUCAACUUGUGUUUAAAAGAUUUUUCAAAAAAUAUGACAUCCAAAAAUAAUUAGUACGUUAUUUUAAAUAAUUUCCUUUUCUUUCUCCUAAGUCUUAGAUAUGUUUUAUUUAAAUUUAUGGCUACAGAAUAUCUCAUAGAAAUUAUUUCUACUCAAAAGCACGAUUGUUUUCUAUGAGUGCUAUGGAUAAAAAUUCCUUAGUUUAUGUAUUUCAUCUAUAUAAAGCUACUUAAAUGGUGAUAGUCAUUCCAUGAUGAAAUUCGUUAAUCAAUUAGUUAUAUAAACCAAAAAGUAUUCUUAUUUUUUAGCCACAUUGUGGACAAUAAGAUAAAGUAAAUAUACCUGUAAGUGUGCAAAUACUUUAUAUCUAACAUAGGUCAUUGUCACCUUGCAACAAUAAACAUAAAAUCAGUUGGCUAGGUUGUCCUUGAACAAUUUAGUACACCAGGCUACUAGCAUGAAAAAGUGCAAUUGAUUUCAUUUUCAUUUGUUGUUAUUUUAUAUAACAACAGUAUACACUAUAUUAUAUUUUUGUGUUUUACAAUACCUUCACUAUCUCUGUCAGUGAAAUAUAAUUAACUUACUGUUAAAAAAAGAAUGUAUAUGGAGUUAGAAUAUGCAAUCAACAUUGUAAAAUACUUUGCAUAAAGAUCUUUCUUCAAUUCAUGUUCCAUAUUGAUCUAUCACAUUUGCUUAGUGGCUACAAUUUACUCGUUAGCCUCCAUGUCAUCUUAAAUGGUGUAAUUAAAUUAUUGACUAUAACUGGGAAGAUUGAGAGGGUACCAAUGUAGUUUUAAUGUACAUUUCAAAAUAUCAGUGAUUUGCAAAGUAUUUCUAUGUAUUAGAAGGGUCAGAAAGAAGGUAUUUAAUCAUUGCUUUCUGGUCUAUUCCAUACAUAUUUAUUGAGAAUUUACUAUGUGCCAGGAUUUGUGUUACAUACUUGAUAUGUAGAUGUGAACAAAUAAGGCAGGUUCCUGACUUAAGGGAAUAUUUGUUGUACUGGGCGAGAAAGCACUAACAAGUAAAUGAGUCAAUAAGCAAGGUUAAAAAUGGGGAUUUUAUUAAAUUACAAAAUUAAGUAGAAUAAAAUAGUCUAUGGUGCUAUAGACUAAUGGGGAAGAUGGCCUCACAAAAAGCAUAGCAGGAUCAGUGCCAUCCUCACUCCCAGUGGUAUCCUUGCGUUAAUUCAAAAAAUGACUUUAUUUCCUCAAGAGGUUUAUUGCCAUUUGCUGGGAAGUUAUUGUAUUUUUACUAUUGUAAUGCACAUCUUCAAUGACUUUGAUAUGGAUGAUGCCUGCUCAAUCAUAAUCAGCUGCCUUUUUUCUUGUUUUUUGUUUUAAGUUUUAGAAAUAGAAUCUUGCUCUAUCACUGAGGCUGGAGUGCAGUGACA